AAUUACUGAGGGGAGUUAUUGUGAAAUGUAUUGCAGACAGAAUGUAUAAGAAUCGCAAAUUUGUAAGAAUUUGCAUACUUCUUUAAUAACGUUUGAUAUUCCUUUUCGUUUCAAAAAUCUAAAAUGGGGUUUUAAGUAACUUUAAAUGCUGUAAAUUCCUGUAGGAACGCACUACAUUUCCCAGGAUUCAUAGCGCGAGCUAGCGGUCCGUUUAGAAAGCUCCCACCGGAAGCAUGAGUUUUAGUUGUACGUCUACAGUUAGAUAUAUAGCACUAGAUUUGUAUUAAUUUCCCUCCACGAUAGUUUAAAUUGUAUUGUCGAUAAAUACGAACAUGGCGAAUGCGAAUUGUUCUCUGAAAGUGAACAGAGAUCUGCUGGAUCCCGGCUUUGAAAGUUACAGACUGUCCUUAGACUCAAUUCCAUGUUAUAAUGUGGAACUGGAUGCAGAGGUGGCAGAGGUGAAACUGAAAGACAGUCAGUACACUCUGGACCACAUGAAGGCGUUUGGCAUGUACAAUUACCUCCACUCUGAUCCCUGGGACGAAGAGAGUGUUUACUUCAUCGACUGCAAGGGAAGAGUGCUCAAUAUGAAGGUCACGCUGGACACGGCACUGGGGAAACCUCGAGAGGUGUUUCGGCUGACCUCUGACCCCAGCUCACUUGAUUUCGACAGGCUUUGCUCCUCUCUGAGUCUGACCUCUGCUACCUGGGCCGCCCUCUCAGACGGGGCCGGAUCUCUGACCCUGUUACACACCAGCAAAAGAGGAGAGAGCUCCCAUCUAAAGUGGGAACCCAUGUUCAGCGAAUCUCUCGGGGAGCCUUUCACCAUCCUGAACAGCGUUUCCCACGUCCAGGCAGCGGUUCAUACGAUCGAGCUGCUGCUGCUACGUAUCCAAAAAGAUCCAGAUGAUACCAAAGGCAGCGGAUUUUCCACCACGCUCGAAUGGGUGACUGUGGACAACUCUGCUGGUGAAGAAAAGAAGUAUGAAGUGAGGAAAAGGAGGUUGAUGAAGGGCAAGUCAGUACCUCACUACACUGCUGUGGAGCCUCAGGGGAAAGGGGUGAUGGUGGCAUCAGAAAAACCCUUCACCUUUACACAGGUAGAUGGCGUUCCACUGGAGGAAAAACCACCUGAAGACAUGGAGGUGGAAAACAGCGCGCCCAUCUACUUUUGGCAGCAGACUGAAGAAGACGUCACGGUGUGCAUCCGUUUGCCUGAGGACACAACGAAAGAUGACAUCUGCUUCAAGCUGUUGGUGGACAACGUGUGUGUGGGUGUGAAAGACUAUGCACCUCUGCUGCAGGGUCAGCUUUUUGCCCCCGUGGACCCUGAGGCCAGUGUUUGGACCAUCAAAGAUGACAAAAGUUUGGAAGUACAUCUGCAGAAGCGGAGUGAGGGGCCGCUCUGGUCCGAGCUGGUUUUGGGUGAUAAGAGAGGACAGUAUAUUGUGGACGAGGAACAGGCUGCACAGCUCCAUCAGAGUCUCACUUACCUUACUGCUGAAGAGCUGAAUGCUAACCCGGACAAAGAUAAGCCUCCGUGUAACGCUCAGGAACUGGAGGACUGUGAUGUCUUUCCUGACGACAAUUCAACAUUAAUGCGGUUUGAUGGUGCCACCUUGAAACCCACCCAUGUGGAACAGCUCAUUCACAGGACUAAAUCUAUGUUCACACAAGCCGUCACUAUGUGGGUGGUGGAAAUAACGUUCCAAAUCAGUUUUCUGUUUUAUGUCAGCUUUGUAAAAACUAGAUUUACUGCUAUGGAAGGACAGAAGAAGAACUCUGCACUUUCAGUUGUUUUUGCCUUUUUCUUUGUGGACCGGUAAUAUGACCAAAUCUAUCUUACUAACUUGGAGGUUGGAAAACGUGAGGGAGCUUUAGUUUCUUCUUUUUUCUCUCUCUCUCUGCUUUAAAGUGUAUGUUUUAUUGCAUAAUGCACUUGUGCAAUUAUUAACAAGUUGCCGUAGAAUUUGUGAAAGUGAAAUAAAACUUCAGGGUUAUUGGGAAAAAUUCAAUCUGGGCCGCUGUCAGUAAGUCUGCUUCAUGGUGAGCUGCAUCAGACCUCCUAGAUGUUAAAGUAUUUUAGUUUAUCCUCACUUUAUAUAUACAGUAUACUGUACAUAUGAGCAAAUAAGUGCAUUUUAACAAAUCUCUUGACAAUUUGGGGAAAAAAACAUGCAAAACUCAACAUAGACGGUAACCUUUCUAAAUUCAAAUCCCCUUAAUAAUUUAAUUCAAUUGCAUGUGUGUGUAGUGAGUCCAGACGUGAGAGUAAAUAUGGGACAGACCCUAACAACUCUAUUAGGGAUUAGCCUUCUAUAACUGACCCAUUUGCAUUGUACAGGGAAAGCGUUUGCUUUUACAUGUGUUUGUUCUGCCAUCUGUCCAAGUAGCAUGUCAAUAAUGAAGAUUAAUAAAAUGACUCUCCAUAAAAAUCAUGUGGAGAUGCUGUGACAAAUUAUUGAGUGUUAAUGUCAGAGAUUUUUAUUAUUAUUACAAAUCCUUCCCCAGCUCAAGGCACAUGACGUCAUUGGCAACAUCACAGCAAUUUGUGCUUUAGUGCCCUUUCCAUAUAGCAGCAGUUGUGAUAAACAAAGGAUUGCAGUGAUUUUUUACAAAGAGAUGCAUUCGGAUUUUUAACUGCUAUGACUUAUCUAUACUUAAAACCCAAUCAUUCUCAUUACAUAAACUCCAACUGCAUCGGUAAUGUAAUGUACAUAAAGUACAUAGAGGCUCUGAUUUACUAACAUCUCAAAUAAUUACUAAUACUAAUUAUCAUGCACAGUCAGAUAAGUUGUGCAAACCAUUAACAGGCAUGUUGUGGGUGAUUAAAAUAAAGAAUUACAUGAUUGAUGUGGCAUGUAAAUCUGACAAGAAGCUUUCAUGCUUAGUUAAUUGCAUAGCGGGUGCAACGUGACUCACUGCAAAAACGCCCUGUUUUGCACGUUCAUUAAAUCACAAAACUGACACUACAUGCCGUGUUGCUUUUUGAUGGAUGCAGUCCUCUGUAGAAGCUGUUAGUAAAUCAGCUGGCAUGUUUUAUGAGUCUUUUCACACUCACAAUUUGUACAAGUGUUUAUAUUUGUGACUCAGGGUAAGAAAGUUCUAGAUCCCAGGAAGGUUUUAGUAAUGUUUUGUUUAAGGCUCUGGCUAAUUUCCCAAACCCAGUGGUUUCAUUGAAGGACUUUUUUCUCUUUGAGUUACGAAACUUUAAUUUAACAUUAAAAGUCUUAUUAGUUUUCCUUCCUGAAGUGAGUUUCAAGGACAUGUGCUUACGCGGAUGGAAAACAGUAGGACACGUUGUGGCUGAAAGCUGCUUCUGGUUCACAUAUUAAUCUACUUCUGAUCUACAAUCCUGGAUACUGCAUGUAUAGAAAUGAUGUAAAAUGUCUUGGAGUGUAAAAUAAAUCAAUAAAUGUGGUUCAAUUUCUGUGUACAGAACAAUGUUGAAUUCUCAAUUCUGAUUGGCCAGAAGGUACAGUAUUGUUUUUCUAUAACAGCUACUCUGAAGGCAGUUCCAAGGCAAAUCACAGGUUUACAUAAGGGCUUACUAUAGAAAUGGGAGCAUAUUAAAAUAACACUUCCAGUAUUUGCCUCAAGAGGGUUGUUAUGCAGAUGUGCCAUUCAAUAAAAGAAUAAACGUAUGACAUACAUCUCUUCAAUGUAAUCGUUUGCCGAUUGCUGCGAUAUUAGUGGGUCUAAAUGCCUUGGGGUGAGCUUUUAAAGUUGAAAAAAAAAGUCAGCAUGCAUCACAGUUUCCCAUCACUGAUUAUUUUCCCACAGCAUAGUAGUAUUCGAUGCAGUCGUUUUUUUUGUGUGCAAGAUCAUCAUAUGCUAGAGUAUUUUUGUUAGCAAUGUUGGCA